CGCGCCUGGAAGCACCGGGGCGGCGAAGAUGGCGGCUUCUGCGGCCGGCCUGGGCGGCGGCGGUGCGGGCCCAGGGCCUGAGCCGGGGGAUUUCCUGGCCCGCUAUCGUCAGGUGUCCAACAAGCUCAAGAAGCGGUUCCUGCGGAAGCCGAACGUGGCGGAGGCCGGCGAACAGUUCGCACAGCUCGGCCGCGAGCUGCGCGCCCAGGAGUGCCUGCCGUACGCGGCCUGGUGCCAGCUGGCGGUGGCGCGCUGCCAACAGGCGCUCUUCCACGGGCCCGGCGAGGCGCUGGCGCUGACCGAGGCCGCGCGCCUCUUUCUGCGGCAGGAGCGCGACGCGCGCCAACGCCUGGCCUGCCCCGCAGCUGCUGGGGAGGCCCUGCAGGCCGCCGCCGCCGCGCUGGGCGCCGCCGUGCGCCUGCACCUGGAGCUCGGGCAGCCGGCCGCGGCCGCCGCGCUCUGCCUCGAGCUGGCGGCCGCCCUGCGCGACCUGGGCCAGCCGGCCGCUGCCGCCGGCCACUUCCAGCGCGCCGCGCAGCUGCAGCUGCCCCAGCUGCCCCUGGCCGCCCUGCAGGCCCUUGGCCACGCCGCGUCCUGCCAGCUGCUGGCGCGGGACUACAGCGGCGCGCUGGCGCUCUUCACGCGUAUGCAGCGCCUGGCGCGGGAGCUCGGCGGCCCCCCGCCGCAGCCCCCGCCGCCGCCGUCCGGGCCGCAGCCCGCCACCCCCGCGGCCCUCGCCCCGCCGCUCCCGCCUGGCGGUGGGCCGCCGGCUACCGCUGCCCCGGCCGCGCUGGGCGCCUUCGCCGACGUGCUGGUCCGCUGCGAGGUGUCCCGCGUGCUGCUUCUGCUGCUCCUACAGCCGCCGCCCGCCAAGCUCCUGCCGGAGCACGCACACACCCUGGAGAAGUAUGCCUGGGAGGCCUUCGACAGCCACGGGCAGGACAGCAGCGGCCCGCUGCCCGAGGAGCUGUUCCUGCUGCUGCAGUCCUUGGUCAUGGCCACGCACGAGAAGGACACGGAGGCCGUCAAGUCGCUGCAGGUGGAGAUGUGGCCCCUGCUGAGCGCCGAGCAGAACCACCUCCUGCACCUCGUUCUGCAGGAAACCGUCUCGCCGUCGGGCCAGGGGAUCUGAUGAAUCCCUGACGGGAACCCAGCCACGCUGUGCCUGUUCCCGAAACUCACGCACUGGCCUGCGCGUUUGCGGGAGCAUGAUAGACCUUGAUCCCAGCGGUUCUGCCUCUGCAGUGUAUCUUACUUGUCUUGCCACCGGAGGAAUGUAGUUGACUAAAGUCACCUUGUUUCCAUAACAGUUGCAGGAAAAAAAAAAAAAAACAUAGAAUCGGAAGACACAGCUCACCUCACCAGGAAUUUCAGCAUAAACUUGAGAAUCCCUUGGGUCCCUUUCACCCAAAUGUCCCCUCACCCCGCUUGACCCCGCCCCCAGAAGGCUCGCCUUUCCCCACAUCCUUGUUUCACACAGGAUUUAUUUGCGUAUCUCUGGCUUGGAACUCUAGCUGCAUGAUUUUUUCAUGGUGAAUCUGAUUCCUUAGCAUAUUCAGAUGUUUGCCUUCGUGAUCGCCCAGUUCCUCCUUUGUUUCAUGCGCCUCAUAUGUUGGAAUCGGUGUAUUCAGUCUUCCGCGGUUGUCUGUACAGCCCUCAAUCUAUGAUAAAGCCUUUCUGACACUCCUGA